AUGAAUCAAAAGCUGCAAGAAGAAAACAAAAUUGCUAAGUAUCAAAAUGAAAGAUUAACCAAAAAACAAGAACAAAUAUUUGAAGAAAUUCGAUCAGAAAUUGAACAAUAUAAUGAAAAGGAAAAAAUAUUUAAUGUUUUGGACGAAAAAAUAGAUAUUGUUUUAGCUAAUUUUAAUUUUGAAGUUUUGUUUCCACUAGACGAUACUUUAGAAAAAAUGGAAAAAAUUGUUGAAUUAUGUAAUAAUGUCACACAAAUCAAUCAAAAUUACUCCGGUGAACUAAAUAGAAUUCAACAAAUUUUAAACGAUUUAAAACAAGAAGAAACUACUUUGAAAAAUAAAAUCUCCCAAUGUAAAGAUAAAAAUAAAGACUACGAACAAAACAAAGAAGUUAACCAAGAAUUAAAGAAUCUAGAAUAUGAUUACAAAUCUUUGGAAAGAACUUUAAAUAGCAAAUUAGAACAACUUGAAAAAGAAAAAGAAAUCAAUAUCGAAGUAUUAAAAAGAAUAGAAAUCUUAAAUCAAAAAGCCGAUAUUGUGUUAAAAAAUUUUAAAAUACAAUCAAAUCAUCCCACUUUAAAAAAUAAAUUAGCUUUAAUUAAAAAAAUUAAAAUUCAAGAACUCAUCAAUAAAUUACGAGAAGAAAUUAAAAACUUGUCAAAAGAAAAGGAUAAUUGUGAAAAAGAAAAUCUCGAUAAUCAACAAAUUAUUAAUGAAAAUAAACACUUAAAAGAACAAAAUUUUGAAAAUAAAAUACAAGAAAAAAUAGAAGAAAUAAGUGUAACUAACAGAGUACUUGAUGUUUUUAUCAAAAACAACAAUCUUGAAAGAGAUAAAGAACUCAUAAAUGAUUCGUUAAAGAAUUUUAAAAUAGCAUUUAACGAAACAGAUUCGUUGGAACAUAAAAUGGAUCUUAUCAUCGAAUUUAGCAGCAAAAACAUUCAAUCAUAA